GUUCCAACAUUAGCUAACCACCCACAUCUCAAAGCUUCUUUUGUUUAACAAAGUCCUAAGAUCAAAUACUUGCCGCUUCUCCAAGAAAAUUCUUCGAUACAAAAUUAUGGGUAUCCGCUUGCUCAGAAUUGUUCAUGCUAAGCAGAUUGUCCAGCAACUUUCUUCAACUCCAGUGAUCACUGGUGUACCCAAAGGCCACCUUGCUGUUUACGUUGGAGAAACCGAGAAGAAGAGAUUUGUAGUCCCAAUUUCAUUUUUGAAGCAUCCUUCGUUCCAAAACUUGCUAAGUCAGGCUGAAGAGGAGUUUGGAUUUGAUCAUCCAAUGGGUGGUCUCACCAUCCCAUGCAGAGAAGAAACCUUCAUCGAUCUCACUUGCAAUUUGAAUUGCUCUUAAGCAAGUAAAAGAAGGAAUGGCUAGCCAUUAGAGACAGAUAUUCUAACACCAUUGACCAAAAGAAGCCAAUUACUUCAAUUUUUUAACAGAAGAUUUGGUUGUUUGUUGUAUAUUUCAUGUAACUUUUGUUUUUUAUGAAGUAAACUGAGAGUUGAAUCUUUUGGCAUCAAUUGAGUUGCUUAAAUUUUUCUUUCUUUUA